UCUCAUUGAUGAUCAAGUACUCUCCAAAGUACUCCACCACACUUGUACUGUGUUCAAUUUCUUUGGUCUAUGGAAGGAAUCGGCUCGCGUACCGGCCGGCCAUCUUCCCGCUACGGCUCGGCGCCGGUGUUCACCGGACCGGUGAGAAGGUGGCAGAAGCAGUGGGUCCAUGUCUCCUCUUCGUCUUCUUCUUCGGUCUCCUAUAACCAUGGCAACAACUUCAAUUCCAAUGGUAACAACAACAGCAAUAACAACAACGUCUCUGCUGUACGGAUUCGCCGUUGGACACCUGUUCCGUCUGCUCAGUCCGGCGGAGAAUCGGAAUCUGUAGCGGAAGAGAGACCGAGGCGGAAGCUACGGUAUGCACCGAUUGUUGUGCUAGAAGGUAAGAAAAAGGAAACUGAAAAGACCGAUCCUGAUGUUAAAGAAGUAAGCAAGACAAACCAAUAUAUAGCUCAAGGAACUUCAGAAAAUGACGAUAAUGAAAAAAUGAGCUCCGACAACGUUCUUUCAGCAAAAGCUCAGGCAUCAGAGAAGAGUGCAACCGAAGACCUGAAUAAGCACCCCAUGGAUUUGGACGUAGGUUUGGAUCAUGAUACCAACAAGGUGAAGGUGGCUGACUGGGUUAAGGCUGCACAGAGAGGUUUCGCACGUUGAACUAGUUUAUCAAUUGCAAACGAAGACGAACUGUGCACUUUGUACGACUCUUGUAAUUAAUCGUUCACUGUAGAUAGUAUCUCAGCAUCAACGUUUUUAGGUCCAAUAACCUGCCCCUUUCACGUGAUGCAGAGACAGUUUGUUAGCAGCUUAAUGAGCUUAAUUAGACUCAACUUAUUCAGUCC